AUGCAUCGACUUGAUUCUGUCGACCGCACGGGCCCGCAAAUGGAAGUGGGCAACCACCGCGAAGGCCUUUGCCGCGGUGGCGGGUGCGCUGCGAGACCUGCCGCUCUACUCGACGCAGGCGCGGGGUAUUCGCCUUCAGGACGAUCCCGAGUGGCGAAGCGCUUUUGGCACGGUGCAGCGCUACAUGAAGGAGUUGGUGCCGGAUGCGCCUCCCUUCGUUUCGCGUCCACAGGUCGAGAGGAUCUCCAAACGGCUCCGGUUAGGCCAUCCACGCGCCGCGCUGUUCCUCGCCAUGAUGUGGGGAUUCGCAGCACGAGCGUGCGACAUUUCCACGCUGCGAGCGAAGGACGUGACGCUGUUCCCAGGAACAUCGACGGAUACAUACGUGAAGGUCACGCUGACGAUCCGCAAGGGAAAGGGUGCCAAAACACGUGGCCCAUACCCGAUCCCAUCGAUGCUAACGAGGGACCUCGCAGCGACGCUGCAGGAGAUGCUGGUCGAGAAAAGACCAUCCGAGGAGCUUUUCUCACCACACGUGGAGGAGCUGCGGGCGCUGAUCGCCCAGGAGGUGCGAACAGAGAUGCGAGGUGCACAGCUGCCCUCGAUCCGAAAAGGCGCGCUCCGUUGUAUGGCGGAAGCGGGUGUCCCGCUGAAGGACCUGAUGAUGAUUUCCGGGCACGCGAAGCAGGCCACGCUGCUGCGCUAUCUUGGGUAUGGCCAGCAGCCUACGGUGGAGGCCGAGACCGCAAGGGACAACGCCGGAAGAGCGCUAUUCCAGACCCUCUAGAGGCGGCGGCUUCCGUGUUCCGUUUCCGAUCGCAAGAGUCAUCGUGCGCGAAUCUCGGAAUCGCACCACAGGAGGUGGCGGCCAUGGUGGACCAGAUGUCCGGUUUCAUCCAAGUGCUGACGGAGCGACCGGCACUCGUGAAGCAGUGGCCGCUGCACCUGAAACGGAACACACCACUGGACAUGGAUACCGUGCUCGCGAUGCCGACAAAACGCGCCUCAACGAAGCGGUUUCUCCAGCGAAUCCAGUGCUUUCUGGAUCCCUCCUUCUACGAUGGGUUGAGGACCUCACGGACCAUCAAAAAGUGCGUGCUCACAGCGGCGGAAAUCCAACAGGCGGUCGAGAUGGGCAAGUUUGAACCGUGCCCGAUCAGCGACAUCGGCUCCCAGGUGCAAUUGCCAGAGGGCAUGCACGGCGUGAACGUCUUCACGGUGCCGGAGCUGAAAGGACGACGACGCCUCAUCACGGAGCCCCUGCUGAACCGCGUGAUCCCCAAACAUCACGUCCCGCGCGUCCACUACGACACGCGCCUCGGAAGACGACAGCGGCUGCGAUACGCCCGGUACAUGCUACAGAUCGACUUCGAAGCUUAUUACGACGCUAUCCCGAUCGCGGCGACACUCCGUAACAAGUUCGUUUUUCGAGCCAGGCAUGACGGGCGAUACUACCGUCUUCGUACUCUCCCGACCGGUGCGCGGUGGAGCGUUGCCGUCGGCCAGGCGGUGACGUGGACGAUUGUGGACAUCGACACGCCCGUCACCAUCACCACGCUCAUCGACAACAUUCUCGUGGCCGCACGCGAAGGUCAGGAGCGUGAGUUUGUGCUCGCGGUGCGCACGAUCGUCGCACGCAUCAAGGCGGCGAACCUGAUGACGUCACCCAACCGGGACGAGCUGGAGGCGAUGUCGGACGAGGAAAUCCUGCAGCUGGCGAGUGCCAACACCGUUUUCCUCGGCGAGGAAUACACAUGGAAUGGCCGUGAGCGUCUGAUCCGCAACUCGGUGAAGACGGUGGCGAAGCUGAAGCUUGCGCUCCAAAAGACCAGCCACACCAUACGCAGCCUGGCCUCGCUGAUCUCGCUGAUCUUCUUCGCGCUCCAUACCACGCAAAUGAACCCCGCACGGGCAUUCAAGCUGCUGAGAGCCUACCGAGGCCUAUACCGGCUGACGUUCCGCGGGUACGACUGGGACGACGCGGUUCCUUACAUCGACUCCUCCGUGGCGCGGUCGCUGCAGGAGAUCGGCGGCGCACUGGUGCAGAAUCCGUGGUGGAAAAUCUCGGACGAGAGACACCCAACGACGGACGAGGCGACCUAUGACGCGGUGGCCUUCACCGACGCGUCGCUGGAGGGCUGGGGUGCUGUACUUCACCUCCGCGACGCGGGCGCCACAGAAAUGUGGACCUAUCGGCAGCGCUGGACCGAGGACCUGGAACGGCAACUCGGCGGCGACGACGGCGAGGCGGAACGCGUCCUCGAAAAACUGCGCCAGUACCAGCUGCGUCGCCGCGUCCGGUCGGGAGGCCGGUUCGAGGACCCAGACCUGCAGGCGGACCGCUUCCAGGCGCGGUACUCGGCACACGCGGAACCACGCGCGGCACAACUAAUGCUGCGACACCUGGUGGAGCACCACAGGGUGCCCAACGGAGCGCGAAUCGCGCUUGCCACGGACCACCGUGCGAUUGUCAUUGCGCAGAAACACCUGAACGGUUUCGGCGGCAUUGGCAGAGGCUACGCCUUGAACAAACUUUUCGAGUACACCUACGACCUCUGGUACAACAGAGGGAUCGACGUAGUCUUUUUCUACGUAGAGGGUGCGCGGAAUCCGGCGGACGCCUACUCGCGACACUUCGGGGUGGACGCGACAGGGUCGCUGGAGGUUCACCGGGUUGAACCGUUUGGCGUGCCGUUCCUCCGGCACAUGUGGUGUCCGCUAUGUUAA